AUGACUGCAAUGAGGAGCGGGGGUAUCGAGGACGGCAAACGGGCAGUUGUCGAACCAGCGGGCCACCAUCUCGCCGAUAUUCGGACAGGGAAGUCCAGGGAUGAAAGUUCCGGGGACAAAUCCUUUUCUCUGAUGAUGCAAUCAAAUGUGGCCAUCCAGCCCGUUGGGGCGCAGCCAAUGGCUUUCUCACAGUCGGUGAUGAUGAGCAAUCAGAUGCAACCGCAGUCAUGGAGUUCAGGCGUCUGCGACUGCUGCGAAGACAUGGGAGUGUGUUGUUGUGGCUUCUGGUGUUUCCCGUGCUUCCAGUGCAGCACGGUCAGUCAGUUCGGAGAAUGCCUGUGCCUCCCUCUGCUGGAUCCAGGAUGUGCCGGCUAUUUGGGGACCAGCUUCGUCUGUCCACCUGUCUCUAUGGCAAUGAGAGCGGCUGUGAGAGAGCGAUACAAAAUCUCUGGCUCCAUCUGUGACGACUGCUGCACCCUCUACUGGUGCUUCAGCUGCUCCUGGUGCCAAAUGGCUCGUGAGAUCAAGAGACGCAAGAAUCCGGUCAGCAUUAUGACGGCACAGACAACCUCAGUCAAUGUGGCGAUGAACCCUCAGCCCUACCCACAACCCCCCUACCAGCCCUACCCGCAACCGAUGUACUAG